UGGAGAAGAUGGAGGACACCAGUUUGCUGCCCAGCCCCAUCCUCAUCAGCAUCAGGAGCAAGAUGGCCUUCCAGUUCAUCGAGCUCAAGGAUAGAGAGACCUUGGAAGAGACCCUGCUUGAGAGACUGAAGCAGGUCCACGCCAACCAUCCUGUGCACUAUGACACAUCAACCAAUUACAAGGACAUGGGCUGGACACACAUCACCUGUUUUGUACUUGACAAGCAUGUGCAGUGACCACAAGUUUGGGGAUCUUGAAAUGG